AUGACAAUUAAAUAUUAGUUUUGCCAUCCAGAAACCUACCGCAACGAUUAAGAAAACAUUUGGACUACCUAUUAGAAAAAGAAGAUCCACUUUGAAAAAAGAAUAAGAAAUCAAAAGUAUGGAAUAGAAAUCAAUGAAAUUAAUAAGAAAGGAAGCAGGAGAGCAAAUCCAUUAAAAUCAGAAGAAUAUGGGCUAUGGAUUUUGAACCCUUUAAAUAUAGGUGGAGCGAAUAUAAAACUUAUUGUAAUAAUAUGCAUGACAUUCCAGAGGCAGGAAAUUGGAUUGACAAGCUGGAAAACUGUUUUAAGAUGAUGAGGAAUUAGACUAAAAGUUCGACUCUAAAAAGGAAAGAAGCAUUUCAGAAUACAUGA